AUUGUGUACUGAGAAUGGAAUGCAUAAAGAUGAUGCAGCUUUGACAUUGGAUUUAUUUGCAAAUUGGAUCUCAAAAGUUGCUAAUUCAGGAAAUGAAGAUGAAAAAAGGAGGUUAAUAUGGCAUUUAAUACCCUUAUUAGAAACAACAAAAAUUCCUGAAAAUAAUAUAUCUACAAUGAUACCUAAUCCUUUACUUAUAAAAACUGCCAUGAAGUUAAAUAACCUUGACCCUAACCUGCCAACAGAACAAAGUGAUUUAAAAGUUGAGGACUACAAAAAGUAUGGAGAAGAAUUAGGUAUUUCCAUUUGGAAUUCAUGUAAGGCACUUAAACAGAAUUUAUAUAUUUUAGAGAAUCCUACCAACCUGGAUGAGUAUUGUGAUGCUUUUCCAAAAACUUUAACUGGAUUCUUUGAUGGUCUA